GGGGGCCGGCGCCAAUGGCGGCAGGCGGAGGGUGAGGCUGACGGGUGCCGUUGCCUGUCGCGCCCAUUCAUCGCCGACGCCUUCCCGGGCCCUUGCCCUCCCUCCCGCGCCGUUAUGGAGGCGCUGAUACCGGUCAUUAACAAGCUGCAGGAUGUGUUUAACACGGUGGGGGCUGACAUCAUCCAGCUGCCGCAGAUCGUGGUGGUGGGCACACAGAGCAGUGGAAAGAGUUCUGUGUUGGAAAGUCUUGUGGGGAGGGAUCUGCUCCCAAGAGGUACUGGAGUUGUCACCCGGAGACCUCUUAUUCUGCAGCUGGUGCACGUUUCCCCAGAGGAUGGUCGGAAAACAGCUGGAGAUGAAAAUGACCCUGCUACGUGGAAAAAUGCAAGACACCUUUCUAAAGAGAUAGAUGCUGAGGAGUGGGGUAAAUUUCUUCACACCAAAAAUAAGAUCUAUACAGAUUUUGAUGAAAUUCGUCAAGAAAUAGAAAAUGAAACAGAGAGAAUUUCAGGAAACAAUAAGGGGAUCAGUCCUGAACCAAUUCAUCUUAAGAUUUUUUCAUCUAAUGUUGUAAAUCUGACUCUCGUGGAUUUACCUGGAAUGACAAAGGUGCCUGUUGGUGAUCAGCCUAAGGACAUUGAACUUCAGAUAAGAGAGCUAAUCCUUCAAUUCAUCAGUAACCCAAAUUCAAUUAUUCUGGCGGUCACAGCUGCUAACACAGACAUGGCCACUUCAGAAGCACUUAAAAUUGCACGGGAGGUGGAUCCAGAUGGUCGAAGAACCCUUGCUGUUAUCACAAAGCUAGAUCUCAUGGAUGCUGGCACUGAUGCUAUGGAUGUACUCUUGGGAAGAGUGAUUCCAGUCAAACUUGGCAUCAUUGGAGUAGUGAACAGGAGCCAGUUGGAUAUUAACAAUAAGAAGAGUGUAGCUGAUUCCAUUCGUGAUGAGUACGGUUUUCUUCAAAAGAAGUAUCCUUCCCUAGCCAAUCGCAAUGGAACCAAGUAUCUUGCUAGAACACUGAACAGACUACUGAUGCAUCAUAUCAGGGAUUGUUUGCCAGAACUGAAAACCAGAAUCAAUGUUUUAGCUGCUCAGUACCAGUCUUUACUAAACAGCUAUGGAGAGCCGGUUGAGGACAAAAGUGCCACCUUGUUGCAGCUUAUUACCAAAUUUGCCACAGAAUAUUGUAACACCAUUGAAGGAACAGCAAAAUACAUAGAGACUUCAGAGCUGUGUGGUGGAGCCAGAAUCUGCUACAUUUUUCAUGAGACCUUUGGAAGAACUUUAGAAUCUGUUGACCCACUGGGUGGCCUUAAUACUAUUGAUAUUUUGACUGCCAUUAGAAAUGCUACUGGUCCUCGUCCUGCCUUGUUUGUUCCUGAAGUUUCAUUUGAAUUACUGGUGAAAAGGCAAAUCAAACGUUUAGAAGAACCCAGCUUGCGCUGCGUGGAGCUGGUUCAUGAAGAAAUGCAGAGGAUUAUCCAGCAUUGUAGUAAUUACAGUACACAGGAAUUACUGAGAUUUCCUAAAUUGCACGAUGCCAUAGUUGAAGUAGUAACCUGUCUUCUGCGUAGAAGACUUCCUGUCACAAAUGAAAUGGUUCAUAAUCUAGUGGCCAUUGAGUUAGCUUAUAUCAAUACCAAACAUCCAGACUUUGCCGAUGCCUGUGGUUUAAUGAAUAACAACAUAGAGGAACAAAGACGUAACAGAUUAGCCAGGGAAUUGCCUUCUGCUGUGUCACGAGACAAGUCUACUAAAGCUCCAGGUGCAUUGGCACCUGCUUCCCAGGAGACUGUCACUGCUGCUUCUGCUGAGGCUGAUGGCAAGGCUGCUCCAGGAGUAGGAGAUGCACCUCAGGAGCCUGGAACAGGCAACUGGAGAGGAAUGCUGAAACCUUCAAAAGUGGAAGAAGUAUCAGCAGAAGAGAAAUCCAAGCCAACUGCAGCCCUACCUGCUAGUCCUCAAAAAGGACACGCUGUAAACCUACUAGAUGUGCCUGUACCUGUUGCACGCAAACUUUCUGCCCGUGAGCAACGAGAUUGUGAAGUGAUUGAACGACUCAUUAAGUCUUACUUCCUUAUUGUCAGGAAGAACAUUCAGGACAGUGUGCCAAAGGCAGUGAUGCAUUUUCUGGUGAAUCACGUGAAAGACACACUUCAGAGUGAGCUGGUAGGACAGCUGUAUAAAUCCUUGUUGCUGGAUGACCUUCUGACGGAGUCCGAGGACAUGGCACAGCGCAGAAAAGAGGCAGCUGACAUGCUAAAGGCCCUGCAGCGAGCCAGUCAGAUCAUUGCAGAGAUUCGUGAGACACAUCUGUGGUGAAGGCUGUACCAACCACACUGUUUAUGUGCUUCGGAGGUUACACUGACUUGAAAAUCGCUAGGCAUGGUAUACGGAGUAGAACUUUUAUUUAUGAACUCUUAUCUGUGUACUGCAACUGUGUAAAUCUGCUCAUGUAAAGACAGUUGGUUUCAUCUGCAGACAGAAAAAUAUGCUGUAUUUUGCAAAAUUAGUCAUAUUUAAUCUCUAUCAUAAACUGCUCUAAAUGUUUCUUUACCAGCUUUCUGGUGCAAAUUAAAGCAGACCAAGUCGACAGUCUCAGUGACAGUCUUAUUUGAACUUGGGUAAAAAAAAACAUUAAAGUUCCAGUGCCUGACUUGCUAAACAGGUUGCCUGUGGUCAAGAUGGACAGUGUAGUCUUGUGGCAUAGUUUCAAGCUGCUUUUUACAAUAGGAGUUUAAAUACUGUGAAGAGAAGAGAGCACCGAGUAUUUUCUUUCAUGAAUUAUCCUGCAUGCACUAUGACAGAUGGAGGUAUCGAUUUUAUAGCACAGUAGAGAUGUCUACGUAUUACUAUGUAUGUGUGUCCCUAGGGUUUCCCCCCAACAUACUGAAGACUGCAGACAAAACUUUGAACUUCAUUUAGUGAAGUACCAUGUCGGGAGAAGUAGCCUGGAGCUAGUGAACAACAACAGCCUACUAAAAAGUGGGUGCAAAGUUAUUCAUGUGCACUGGAGCUUGUGUAUCAAUGUUGGGGAAUAUAAUCGGGUACAAAAACACCUUCCCCAUCCUUCCCCCUGGGACCAAGCCCUUGGACCAUCUGACAGUAAAUUUGUUCUGGCAGAACUGAAAAAUAAAAACAGCUUUCAAACCUGUUACAGGAUAGUAAGUGUUUAUUUGAAGAACAGCUUAUGUUGGCCAGGGAGAAAGGGAUCCCCAGAACCUCUUCCAUAGUUUGGAAUGUAUGACAGUAUGAAACAAAGUCUGUGGGGUUGGAAUAUUUAUGGCAGAAACUGCAGUCACUUUUGAGGAAAUUUUACUGUGCUGUAAGUAGCUUUUUUUAUUUCUUUGUUGGCUGUUUUUGUUUGGGGUUCUUUUGGUUUGUUGUUUGUUUGUUUGGGGUUCUUUUGGUUGGGGUUUGUUUUGGGUUCUUUUGGUUGUUGUUUGUUUGGGGUCCUUUUGGUUGGUGUUUGUUUGUUUGGGGUUCUUUUGGUUGAUGUUUGUUUGUUUGGGGUUCUUUUGGGUUUUGUUUGGGGUUUUUUUAGGACAAUCCUAAAACUAGGGAAUUGUUGAGUUAUUCUGAUUAUAAUUCAUACAGAUAAAUAUUGAUCACACUAGCCUUUAAAAAGCAAACAUUUUCAUUUCUAUGAAUAAAAGCUUCUCUAAACUCCAGCCAGCACACUUGCAUGUACUUUUCAAGCAGAUUCACUUCUUUGUAUAAAGUAAAAAUGUUUAUUGUGGUGUUGCUCAUGUUUUACAGCUUUAACACAACGUGCAUGAAAAAUAGGAGGACACUGCAUUUAAUAUCCAUGGUUUGUUUUUACAAUAUUGGGCCAAUACAGUGAAGGGUUUAUUACCAUCUUCACUUCCUUCCCCUUUUCAUCAGUUAACAGAAAUGGAAUUCUUUUUGGCAAGCUGCUAAAGACUGGAAAUUCUAAAAAUGAAGCCUUCAUUUCACAAGAAGUGCUGUUCAAAAAUGUUUCUCGUGGUAAUCUCGUUUGGCACCAAUAUAACAAGCCCAAGGAGUUAAGUCUGGCAGAUGCAACUUCUGGAUACUUCUGUGCAUGACCUCAGAUAAUUCUUGCAGAAUACAGAAAUGUAUUCUGUAGUCAUAAGCAGCCUAAAAUGUCACAAUGUGUGUGUUACAUGUAGUGAAUACAGCAGAAGUCAUUUUAACAGCUUGCUUUGUAUCUAAGGACGGUGGUUCUCAGAUUUAAGAAACGUGUAGUGAAGUUUUGGUGCAAGCCACUUUUCAAAAUCAAAUCUUUGUGAACAGUGAAAGCUUCUACAUUUUGCCCAAGUCAUUACAUUUCUGUUUAGAACUUAAUUGACACCGCUCUCCCUUUUGCUUCCGACAUCCAGUAACCACAUUAGCAGCGCAGCAGAGCCGUCCAUAAGUGAACUGCUACCUAAGCUUUAACUCCCAAAAGUCACACACGCUCUUGUGGAGAAAUAUUCUGACUUGUUAAGUUUUAUGAUGCUGCAUUAAAAUAAAUUCCAUUUCUUUAAGGAAUUCCUGCAAGUGAGAAGUGGCUCUGUAACAUCAACAUGACAUUUCCAGUGUUAAUUUCAUCUUUUAAAUGUUCUGACUUUUUUUUUUAAGUUUUACAAGAACUCUUAAUUUGGUAAUGUUUUGAGUGCCAAGAAGUGAACUUGAUUUGUAAUCCUCAAUGCAAGUCUUCAAAAGUCCGUGCUGUAACAGUCCUUGUUAUGAAAUAAACAGAUAAUACAUAACUAUCCCAGAAAUCAAGUUCUGAACUGACUUGUAGUUCAGGUGGAAGGCUGUAUGUGGUCUUACAACGUAAUACUAUGCCUGUAUUUGUACAGCCUUAGGUAUGUUUGCACUUGCCCUCAAUGCAGUUCUACAUUGUUACUUCCUCUCUGUGUAAUAAUGUAAACAGGCUGCUGGUGGUUUUUAACCAAUCUGUUCUCUGAAAUUGAAUUAAAAUACUUUAGAAGCUAUAGUUACUGCCACCACCAAAAGAAAUUAUGGGGAAACUAUGGAAAAAAAAGCCUAAUGAAGGUGGCAACUGAAAACUUCCCAGAUUAGACUUGAUGGUUCGCAACUGUCUUCUGGUCUACCUAACUUGAAACACUUCUCUGUCAUCAAUGCACAAAUAUUAGCUAACUUAAAAGAACUCAAACUUCCCAUCCAGUGAAACACAACCAUCAGGGAGAAAAGCCACUGUAGCUAAGUUUAGAUUAGUAAAUGUCUGACAUUAAUACCUGACCUGUGUGUGGUACUACUGUAAAUAAAAGAGUAUCCCCAUGCAAACAGAGUUUGUCAGUAAAUUGCUCAGGUUGUUUAGUAGGAAGCUUCAAUUUUCACUUAGUGGAAUGGUUGGGUAAGGAGGAGUGUCUGUGCUUCAAACUCCAUUCUGAGGUAAGCAUAACAUCACUUAUAUGUAACUUGCCUUUACCCUGUGCUUUAUGGAAGAUUGACUUUUUGAAAGAUGUGAACUGAAGCCUUUGUUUUACCACAUACAGCAAGGGAAACAACUUGUUGGUCUGUUGUGCCAUUGUUGGUAGCUUGAACUGAAUUACCUUGACUGUUUUCUUCUCCACGGUUCAAUCCUUUAUCUAUGAGUGCAAGUGCUGACUGGUGUUUUCCGUAGAUCUCAGAUGCAUCUGCUUUUUAACGUGUUGCCAGAUAACUGUGCUUUGAGGUAGACAGGUAGAUGGUUGCUACGACAAAGUUUCUGAGAAGGUAGACCACCUGAUGUGGUUUUAUGCCCGGUGACACUAAACUACUGAAGGUGCUAUCACACACCAAUAGUUCCCUCCUAGUUUUCUUGCUGCAUAGUCUUUCAUUCUUUACUUCUUCAGGACUGGCUGCCACAAUAAUGUUAAAUUCAAGUCCCGUGGUUUUUGCUGUCUGUUGAUGCUAUAAAAAUGUUUUGGCUUGUUCUUUUAAUAUCUGACCUAAAUUAUGUCUUUUUUCCUUGCAUUUCCAAAUCCCACAUUUGUACACUUUACUAUUAGUUACUAGUUGUUUACAUUUGAACAAGCAGUGUCUCUGAUUACCUGAACCUGCCGUUUGAGGGAUACCAGAAAUGAGACCAGAGGCUAAGGAAGAAUGCUUAGUUUUUCAGUCAUCCUCAAUCCUCUCCCUGGGUGUUCAAGCACUCAGAUGUGAUACCUUGUAGAGUCACAAAAAGGUACCGUUUGCGUCUAGCUGCUUCUUUGGAAAGUCAGGGUAAGGUUUGGAUUGCCAAGUGUCAGUCAAAAGGAAAUGCAACUAAAUUUCUUGGGAGUUGUAUGGAUCUUAUUAAAAACUUUGUGUAUGCAAAUAAUUUAUUUAUCUUUUUUUAUUUUGGAUUUGUAAAAACCAAUAAAAUCAUUUUACCACUUGAUUAAAA